AGAAUACUCAGAAAGGACAUCUGCAGUAACCAGACUGGUAGUGCUUCCAUCUGUACGCGGAUCGUUAGGAGAUUUAGCACUGCUCCUGGAGUUGACUUCUGUGCGUCGCUUUGCAUCUCAACGAGGUGGAUCGGUGGAAUUUUCGUAUAUGAAUCACUAGUUUAUUUAGAAAGAAAAACUGGGACCGAACAAAAGGGACAUUUUCGCUGGUUUCAGGUAUUAGGAGUACCAUUUAAAAAAAAAAAAAAAAAAAAAAAAUACUGUAUUCACACGAUCGACCGGCAAAAGUGCACAGCGCUUGGAGACGAGAGACUGGAGAGAUCAGCCAUACCAGCAAUUAUGGGGGACACUGUUUGGAAAUACUAUUUUGGAGUUGUAGUCAUUUUAUGCAAGACGGCUUUGUCCUGCUCGGCGGUUUUGGAUUCGAUCUACUGGAAUUCAACAAAUACCAAUUUCCUUCCUGGACAAGGACUGGUGCUCUAUCCACAGAUUGGAGACAAACUGGACAUUGUUUGCCCAAAAUCAGACUCCAGGGGAAUCGGACAAAAUGAAUAUUAUAAACUGUACUUGGUCUCAAGAGAGCAGGCUGAAAGCUGCACCAUCACCAAAGCAGACACACCUUUACUCCACUGCACCAAACCUGACCAAGAUGUCAAAUUUACCCUCAAGUUUCAAGAAUUCAGUCCAAACCUGUGGGGCCUGGAGUUUUCAAGAUACAAGAAUUACUUCAUUAUAUCUACUUCAAAUGGAACAAUGGCAGGCCUGGAAAAUCAAGACGGAGGUGUCUGUAAAUUCAGAUCUAUGAAGAUCAUGAUGAAAGUUGGGCAAGAUCCUAAUGACCCAGGAUCAUCAAAAGAUAACAGUCCGACAAAGUCUCCAACAAAAGACACUGAGAAUGCUGGGAAAGGCUCUACAAAUAAAUCUGAAACUGGCGUAGAUGAAAACCAAGGAGGUAAAGGACCAAACACGGUUGACAACAAUACAACAGAAGGGAAAUCCUCAAGCAUUAUUGGGUCCGAAGUGGCCUUGUUUGCUGGGAUUGCCUCGGGAUGCGUCAUCUUCAUAAUUAUCAUUAUCAUGCUGGUUGUCCUCCUGCUGAAGUACCGGAGGAGACACAGGAAACACUCGCCACAGCACACUGCCACUCUCUCUCUCAGCACCCUCGCCACACCCAAACGUGGUGGCAACAACAACGGCUCUGAACCCAGUGACAUUAUCAUCCCACUUAGGACUGCGGAUAGCGUGUUCUGCCCUCACUACGAGAAAGUCAGUGGAGACUACGGGCAUCCAGUUUAUAUUGUUCAAGAGAUGCCACCUCAAAGCCCGGCGAACAUUUACUACAAAGUCUGAACCAGCAGUUUAAACUCUUGGAGGAUUCAUAUAUUAGAGUGGAGAAUUCCUAGCCUGCUGCUUUUGUGGUUGGGCUUUUGGUGGCCCGUUGUGCACUAUGAAUGACUUGGACUUAAACUACCAUGAGAGAAGCAUUCAGUGGACUGCCACAGUAAUAGUGUAUAUUUGCGCUCACUAAAACUGGAGGAUUGGCUGAAAUUAACUCAUUACAAUGUUUUUGUCUCUUCAGUUUAUAUAUCAUUCUGGGGAAUACAAGCAGAAAGGGAUGUUUUUGAGUGAUACAAGGUUCUGAGGACCCUUGUACUUAACUCUAGAACAUUACUUAAAUCGUUUCUUUUGUCAUACUUAAUUUAAAUGUAGUCAGCUCUUCACCCCCCCCCCCUUGUUUUUUUUUUUUUUUAGUCUACCACUGUUAUCUCAAAUACGGUUACUUGAAUGCCUGUUUUUUUUUUUUUUUUUUUUUUUUUUUUUUUUAAUUUCAUUUCCUUUCCAAUUUUGUAACCACACCACUGAAAAUUAAUAUUAACACUAUCUGUUUGCAUAUGUUCAUCAUACGUGCUACACAACAGCCACACUAGAAUGGAAA